AUGGCACGUGGAAUUCCGUCGUUACUGAGCCAAGAUGCAGUUUGGUCGGCUGCUCAGAUUAACUAUGACAUUGACGUCAGCAUGUUUGAGUACUUCCGCAGCCAAGGAUGGGUGCCACAGCUGCACGCGUCACUUGGAGCAGGUGCGGCAGCCCAAGCACCAGGCAUUCUAGCCGACUAUCCAUGGAGCGAGAUUGAGAAGGAGACGAUCAUUGACAUUAGAGGUAGAGGUGGCGGCUUCAUUGCCAUGCUCUUGCGUGCGCACAAAUCUCUCAAGGGCGGCAUUUUCGACCUCCUACACGUCAUUGAGUAUGCGAAGCCGCUAUUCCAUUCGGCUGACGGCCAAUUUACAGAUGCAGCUGCGCAGGUGUUUGUUGAAAACCUCAUUGGUGGCGAUUUCUUUGAGAGCAUCCCGCCUUGCAAUGUGUAUACGAUGAAGUGGACGCUAUAUGAUUGGCGUGAUGAGGAUGCUAGGUGCAUUUUAAGCAACAUCGAAAAGGCUAUUAUACCAGGCGAGAACAGCAGACUGACUAUCUUGGAGGAGAUGCUGGACACGACAAGGAGUGCGAGGUUGUCCCGCUACGGUGCCAUGAACAUGAUGAUGACAGCAGAUGGUGUAGAGCCGACAAAGGACGAGUGA